GCGGCGGGGGACACGGCGGCCGCCGCGGGGCUAGAUCGGGCGGCGGCGGCGGCGGCGGCGGCGGCGACGGGUCUUCCGCCUCCCUUACCCCCGUGCUCCUUUUUUCUUCCUCCUCCUUUCCUUUCCGGCCGGGUCUCAUCCACUUCCCCUGACGGCGGCCCCGAUCCUACGUAAAGGCAUGACUUCCCGGCACCGCAGGGAAAAUAGGGUGCAAGCCCAGGAACUAUUUCCCCAUCACCACUUGUUGAAAAACUGAUUUGAAGGCGGCUCCGGAUUUGAACAAACCAAAGUGCCAGGAUUUCAAGCGUCUCUGGUUGUACUCUGGAGACCCUUCACUGCUAAAUAUCAAGACGAAAAAAACGGGAAACUGAUCGGGUAAACAUUUAAACUUGAAAACUUAACCUUAUUCAGUGUCAGAAUGGAAAGAUUUGUAGUGACAGCACCACCUGCUCGAAACCGUUCUAAGACUGCUUUAUAUGUGACUCCCCUGGAUCGAGUCACUGAGUUUGGAGGUGAGCUACACGAAGAUGGAGGAAAACUCUUCUGCACUUCUUGCAAUGUGGUUCUGAAUCAUGUUCGCAAGUCUGCCAUUAGUGACCACCUUAAGUCAAAGACUCAUACCAAGAGGAAGGCAGAGUUUGAAGAGCAGAAUGUGAGAAAGAAGCAGAGGCCCCUAACUGCAUCCCUUCAGUGCAACAGUACUGCGCAAACAGAGAAAGUCAGUGUUAUCCAGGACUUUGUGAAAAUGUGCCUGGAAGCCAACAUCCCACUUGAGAAGGCUGAUCACCCAGCAGUCCGUGCUUUCCUGUCUCGCCAUGUGAAGAAUGGAGGCUCCAUACCUAAGUCAGACCAGCUGAGGAGAGCAUAUCUGCCUGAUGGCUAUGAAAAUGAGAAUCAACUCCUCAACUCACAAGAUUGUUGACAAGGAGGUUACCACCAUUGUGAUCAAGAUAAAUGUGGAGUAUUAAAGUUAUGUGUUGAUUGUGUGGUUCAUUUUUAUAUUUAUUUCAUUUAAAAUCAUGUGAUGCAGAAUAGUUUUGCAAUGUGUAUAUAGUUGCAGGCAAAAAAAAAAAAAAAAAAAAAACCUCACUGCAAAACUUACUGUUAAUUUUAGUCACCAAUGGUGUAAAGCAAAACUUAGGGUUUAGAGUGUGCUAGGAUACCUGAAACCUGAUGGUUAUCUUUAAAAUUAAUGGUUUUUCUCCUGAAAUGUUUGUGCAUGGAAGAACUGCCCUGCUUUUAUCCUGUUGCCAUAUAUGAUUAUUCCUUGUGAGAUUACUUAAUUACUUGGAUUGAACACUAGCCUAGGAAAUUGAAGCUGCUGCCAGGCAACACCACUCACAGUAACAUAAAGGAAUUAUUUCUGAUUAGAAUUCUCUUCAAAAAAGAAGGGAUGUGGGAAACUGUUCUGGUAUCUUCAGAUCCCUUGAAGAAAUGACUUUAUUUCAAACUAUGUGUGCAUAUGAUGUAGUUACCUUAUCCUUCAGUUCCUCAGUCUUUUUUCCACUCUUCUAAAGGCUAAUUGUGUUUAGUAGCAGCUUCAAGUGACGGAAAGACUAAAAUCUUUAUUUCAAUGUCCGUGCCAAAAAGCCAUGGGGAAUUUUGCAGUGACAUGAUUUUAGUACUUUUGAACCAGAAAUUUCAUUUCAAACAUCCUCUUGAAUUUGCUUUUUUUUUUUUUUUUUUAGUGUCUUGAUGUUAAAACUUUUCAAGAUUGGCAUUUUAAUUUAAACAGGUAGACAUUUUAUGAUUGAGUUUCCUGUUUUUACAGAAACCCAGUAAUUACUUUUUGGCGGACAGAUCAGAUAAUAAGGAAAUUACUUUCUAUACAUUAAUUUUCCCAUAUGAUUUAUAAGGCUUUAUAAAUAGACUAGAAACAAGCUUACUUAUUUUCAUUUUAUGUGCUUUGCCUCUGGUAGUACAAGGUUUUUAAACAUGGAUGGUAAACAAUUGCCUAGAAAGACUGGCAAGAUUUUUGUAGUAGAGACUGGCAGUAUCCUGCAUAACUGAGUGAGGAAAUAAUCAGUUCUGUUAAGGGUCAACCAUGCUCAGGAAAUGAGUGAACCUCACUAUCCUAUAAGGUCAUCAAAGUAGCUUAGCCCAGUUAUGUCCUCUCUAUUGAAGACCCAAAGUAUAUUUUUAAAAAACUAAAUAGCUGAAGACUUGGACUAGAGCUUUAAAAAAAAGAACUUAAAUUCCUUGAAAACAUUAAAAUUUAAAAUGCUUAGAAAAUACACUUCUAUUACAAAGCACUGACAUGAAUGCCCAAUGUGACUUGGGAGUUUUCUUUGAGGUCAUUUUACCACAAAUCGUUAAGAUUAAAAAAAAAAAAAAAAAAAGCCAAAGUGAAAAAACGUUAUAUUUUUCAGAAGCAGCUUUCCAUGUCUGAGUUUCUUUGACAGACUUAAAAGUUCCUAGUUCAGGUUGUCAAAAUGCCCAUCUGAUUUUUAGAACUUAUGUGGGUUUUUGUUUUCAUUUUUAAAUAAGCCUGCCACGAAAAAAAAAGAUUUUCAGACUGAAUGAGUUUUUCUCGUGUUUAGUUAUGUAAAGUAGCACAAUAAAUGCCUGGAGUAGUGCUGUCAAUGCUAAAGCACAUACAUGAGACCAGCACCAAAACAACCAAAAUGUACUUUGCUUUUACUUCCCCUAGUAAAGAAUUUGCAGGCAACCAUGUUUAAUUUGAAUUACUUAAGAUGGUAGAAGAUCUAAGAAGCCAGGAAAAUAAUUGAGCUUUAUAACAUUUUCAGAGUACAAAACUAAGGUUAGAUACACAAUCAUUCUAAUUUUUCAAAAUUCCAUGUGAUUCAGACUGCUCUCUAUUUCAAUAUUAAUUCACACUAACAGCAGAACAGUUUUGAGUAGUCAAGUGGUAAACUGGAUGAUGUUGCACUAAAAUUUGAGUUUCUAGUAGCUAUUACUGAUUUGAUGAUCAUUUAGGUCCCAUAUGUCUUUAUUUCUCCAGGCUCCUAACUAUUCCCACAUACACUCUAUCUAGGGGCAUAAUUCAUCCUCCUGUUAGGAUUAUAUCAUGUCCUUAGAAGCAUUUUCCAACCUUUGUGGAAGUUUAAUAUGUUUACUGAUUAUGAAACCUUUUGUUCCCUGAAAUUGGUUAACUUUGUCUCAUAGUUAAAUAAAUAUGGCAGAGUGAUUAUUUUAGCCUGCCUAAACUGGUACAAAUCCGUGAAACCAUGGUUGGCAUAUGUUGGAUAACAAAGGAAAAUGUCUGAGGCGUAUGCUGCUGUGGAGGUGUAGUGGACAUGUACAGAAGCUUUCGAUCUUAACUAUAUAGUGUUAGUGUGAUGCUAUACUAUUGGAAAAAUAGCUUUUUUUCUAUUUUAUAAGUUGUAUGCAUAAACAUAAGAUUUGUAAUGUUUCAUUUAUAAACUGCCUUCAAUACAAGCUUACCUGUUAAUAGUGUUUUCUUAAAGUAUGGUAGUCUGUCUUCCAGAAUUUCACUAUAUGCUUACAGUAAAUAGUUACUAGCUUGUUGAAAUGUUAAAUUUCUUGUUUUGUUUUGUUUAAUUCUGUAGGGCAUAUAGCAGGCCUGAAGGACAUUGUAAUCAUUUCUUACAGGGUGAAAAUUUAGAAAGAUUGUGUACAAGAGCCUAAAUAGUUAUUUUAUUCAUUAUUUUCUUUUAAGACUUUUUUUUUUUUUUUAACAAAUGCUAUUUCCAGUUAAUGCAUUUGGCCCUACUGAAUUUUGGGGGACCAGAAAACUUUUUAAAAAAAGCUCUGCAUCUUACAAUUGUAACCAAUUAAGUAUCGGCUUGGGAUUGUUCUGAAGUAUUCAUUGCUUAAAAACUAUUGUAAGUAACAGUUGGCAAGAUCUCCAAGAAGAAAGUUCUAUGUUAAAACUUUUGCCUGAAGGAAUUUGUAUGUGAAUGUUAAUGGAAAACACAUUUAAACAAAAUAAAAUUUAAAGUGGCUCAAAAUGAAAGCCACAAACAUUUCGUCAUUUGGUGCUUAGUCUUUGUGAGGGCUCUCUGUGGUUUGACUUGCCCUGACUGCCUUUAUAUGAGUACAGAUCACCUUAAAACAUAUUCAUUAAAAAAGAAGAUUCAUCCUAUAAUUUCAUUGAAAUUCUUAACCCAAAAUAAAUUGCUUUAGUUUCUGGUCAGCACUGAUUAACUUGUGAAUAGCAAAAUGGCUGUCCUAAACCUUCGUUUAUCUCCAACCAUACUAUCCUAGACUUCGAAGGUAAAUACAGUUCUUACCUAGUGGUAUUCUACUUGUAUCCGGAACAUCAGAAUAUUGUAUUCAUUAAAAUUUUACUAUGUCUA